UUUGGGACACGUUCACUGUUCCUUCGCGUGUUGUUGUUUUUCAUUGUGACUUCUGCAUUGAAAAUGCGAGGCAAAUCGGACUUCAAGAUCGGCUCGACAAGAUCGUUGACUUAGCUGGACUCAUGAUGAACUAUGAGGGUCUGGACACAGGGAUGGGGGAGUACUCUCCGAGCCUUCACGGGACUCUGGAAGCAGGAAUGGAGCCUUCCAUGGAUCCGCACAUCAACCCCAACCUCCUGCAGGGUGUGGAGAUUGAUGCGGAUGGUCUCCCCGUACCAGUCCCCGAACCUGUGCAUCUCAUGGAGGGCAUGUUUUCAGAGCUGCACAGUGUCGUCUCUGAAGUUGGGGUCCCAGUUACGGCCACGCAUUUUGACAUGCAGGAAGAAAUGCUUUGGAUGGGAAACCACAGAGGUCACGCGACGUCGUUCUUCGGACCUACGAUGGGUCGCUACUCUUCAUUUCAAGUGCAUGCAACUGAUGACAUCCGGCACAUUCAGACUCUGGAAACUGGGGUGCUGUUCCUCUCAAAGUGUAACCUCAAGUGCUGCACCCGUGGGGGCCUUAUCAUGUUUGAUUAUCCGAUGGAAGAAGGCACCAAUAUGCAUAGUCUCCUUAUGACUGACAACAAUACUUUGCUACUGGGUGGACUACAAAACUAUGUAGCUGAAGUUGACUUGAAUACAGUUCAAGAAACUCAAAAGUUCACCGUGGAGGUCCCCGGGGUUGCAAUCAUGCGCCAAACUAGUCGCUUUUUCUUCUGUGGGCACACUUCUGGCAAAGUGACGCUUCGUGAUCUGCGUACGUUUAAAACGGAGCACGAGUUUGACGCUUUCUCGGGCAGCCUGUCUGACUUCGACGUGCACGGCAACCUACUGGCCGCAUGUGGUUUCUCCAGCCGAGGAUUGAACGGGUUAGCUUGUGACCGCUUCCUCAUGGUGUACGACCUCCGCAUGAUGCGAGCUGUCACACCACUUCAAGUACACGUGGACCCGCUCUUCUUGCGUUUCAUUCCUACAUACACGUCACGCUUGGCCAUCAUUUCACAGACAGGUCAGUGCCAAUUCUGUGAGCCCACUGGCCUGGCUAACGUGGCCGACAUUUUCCACGUAAACACGGUGGGUCAGUUGCUGAUGAGCUUCGACGUAUCGUCCAGCAAACAAGCUUUAGCUUUCGGGGACUCUGGGGGUUGCGUGCACCUCUGGUCAGACACCCCUGACGUUUCAUUCAACGACUACUCUCGAGAGACAGAGUUUGCUCUGCCGUGCCUCGUGGACUCACUGCCCCAACUAGAUUGGAACCACGACCUGUUGCCUCUGUCUCUCAUUCCCAUGACGCUCGCCGGAACAGAGCCACUGCUGUCAGAUUGGCCUGCCGCGCUGGCCACGCCCAGCCCGAGACGAGCUCCCCCUGUAGACCCCGAAAUCCUACGUACAAUGAAGACCGUCGGAUUCAUUGGAUAUGCAGCAAACCCUCGCGCUCGACCCCGGAACCAGGUUCCCUACAAAAUUAAAGACGUGGAACAGGAUUAUGAUAGUUACAACCAGGUUCCAGAGUCACCAAUUGGGCGUGAUGAAGAGCCCCAUCUCUACAUGGUGCCGAAAAAAUAUCGAAAGGUGACAAUUAAAUACUCCAAGCUGGGACUGGAAGAUUUUGACUUCAAACAUUACAACAAAACCUUAUUUGCUGGCUUGGAGCCUCACAUUCCCAAUGCUUACUGUAACUGCAUGAUCCAGGUUUUAUAUUUCGUGGAGCCAAUUCGCUGUCUAGUACAGAAUCAUUUAUGUCAAAAGGAGUUUUGUUUGGCCUGCGAGCUUGGCUUCCUCUUCCACAUGUUGGAUAUGUCACGAGGAGAUCCAUGUCAGGCAAGUAAUUUCCUCCGGGCAUUUCGCACCAUUCCUGAAGCAUCGGCACUGGGUCUGAUCCUCGCAGACUCCGAUGAGCAAACUGGGAAGGCCAGACUUGGACGCCUCAUCCAAAGCUGGAACCGCUUCAUUCUAACACAACUGCACCAGGAGACUCAAGAGCAGGAAGGGCCACAAGCUUACAGGGGAGCCAGCAACAGCUCUCUUGGCUCGUCCGGCGAGUCGGUCAUCGGGAAGCUGUUUGGAUGCGAGGUAGAGAACAGCAGCUUGUGUCGUUGUGGCAAAGAGACCGUACGCUCCUCCCUCACCUUGCUCUUCACCAUGCACUACCCGGAGCAGAACUCUCAAGAGAAAACAAUUAAAGAGUAUGAUUUUGCCGAGAUCCUGAAGAAGAGCAUAUGUUUGGAACAGAGCACGCAGGCGUGGUGUGAAAACUGUGAGAAAUAUCAGCCCACAGUACAGACGCGUAAUAUUCGAUGUCUCCCCGAUGUUUUGGUCAUAAACUGCGAGGUAAACAGCGCUAAAGAGGCGGAAUUCUGGAAGGUUCAGGCAGAGUACGCCUUCACUAAAGCGAGGCAAAAAGAAGAAUCGGAGCCCGCAAUGCCUAAAGAACCCCCGCCCAUGCCCACCGAGUGGUGCCUGGACGGCGAGGAAGUUUGUGGCAUGCAGGGCUUUACCCGGUUAGAGGACCUAAGACACAUGUGGAUCCCGCUCACGUUAAAGAUGUCCAUCAGCAAAACACAAGGACUGCAGAUCAGCAGCUGGCCAGAAGGAGAGGAGCUGAGCGCCACAGAGGAGGCUGAGGGAGCCUCUCUCUACGACCUAGUGGUCACCGUGCCGCACGUCCUUGACGCUCGCACGGGUGGGAACUUGGUGGCACACAUCAAAGUUGGCGAAACGUAUCACCAGAGAAAAGAGGGAGUCACACAUCAGCAGUGGUAUCUUUUCAAUGACUUCCUCAUUGAGCCCAUCGACAAGACAGAAGCUGCACAGUUCGAUAUGAGCUGGAAAGUUCCAGCCAUCCUGUAUUACGCCAAGAGGAACUACCACACCAAAUAUGACCUUCGCAUUAAAAACCCAAUCGACGCCAGCGUGUUGCUGACAGAAGCCUCGCUGGCUCGCAAGCAGAGGAAGAGCCAUGCCACUUUCAUCCCCCUCAUGGUUAGCGAGAUGCCGCAGGCCGGAGACCUGGUGGGGCUGGACGCCGAGUUUGUUACGCUCAACCAGGAAGAGGCGGAGCUGCGCAGUGAUGGAACAAAAUCGACCAUCAAGCCAAGUCAGAUGUCCGUCGCCAGGAUCACGUGCGUGCGGGGCCAAGGGCCUAACGAGGGUGUACCGUUCAUCGACGACUACAUCUCGACGCAGGAACAGGUGGUGGACUACUUGACCCAAUAUUCCGGCAUCAAACCAGGAGACCUGGAUGCAAAGAUCUCCUCCAAGCAUCUGACCACCCUGAAGUCCACAUACCUCAAGCUGCGCUUUCUAAUCGACACUGGAGUGCGCUUUGUCGGGCAUGGCUUACAGAAGGACUUCCGGGUCAUCAACUUAUUGGUGCUCAAAGAUCAAGUCAUCGACACGGUCUAUCUGUUCCAUUUGCCUCGCAAGAGGAUGAUAUCGCUGCGCUUUCUCGCCUGGUACUUUCUCGAUCUCAGCAUCCAGGGGGAAACCCAUGACAGCAUUGAGGACGCGCGCACAGCGCUGCAACUCUACAGGAAGUACUUAGAGAUGAACCGUGGAGGCGGCUCCGAUGAGGUCAGGAAGGUCCUGAAGGGACUUUAUGAAAAAGGACGCCAGAUGGACUGGAAAGUUCCAGAUGUGGAUUCGGGAGACAGUCGAGGGUAGCCCAAAAAGUUUGAAACCAUGCGGAAGUGAAGGCGCCGGCUUGAGUGCGUGUACAGGGGACUGAUGUAAUCCUCCUUCCCACGGCAGGUGCUGCCGUUUUCCCUUUUGUGACUGUGACUCAACAAUGCCCACGCCGUUUAUCUUCCUUUUUGCAUGGCCUCUGCAGAUCCGCAUCAUUAUUUCAUCAUCACUUGUUUGUCAUCAUAUCAUUUAGAAAAUGAUUCUUAGAACAGGAAGACAAGUUGUUUUUGACGAGUUCAGUUUUCUUUGCUCACCUUUUGCUGCAUGCAGGAGCACUCUAAGCAACGUCGCAUUUGUAAUUUUUGGCUUAAUACAGAAAUAAAAUUAUUUUUUGUUUGUUUUACUGUCUUAUUGAUAAAGUAUUAAGAAUAAAGUUGUAUACCAGUUGUAUUUUAAAUUUAC